AUGCUUCCUGCCGCGCUGCGGCGCGUCACGGACGGCGUCACGCCGUACUUUUGCCUGCUGCUGGUCGUCGUCACACUCGGCCCGCACCAGUUCGGCUUCCAUCUGGCCGAGCUCAACGCGCCCCAGGAUGUCCUGACCUGCCACCAACAGGGCAUGCCGGCCGGCAAGACCACCGGCACGUCCCUCCCCGACUGCAUCCCCAUGACAGAGGCCCAGUUCGCGACCGUCUCGUCCGUCUUCACCAUCGGCGGCCUGAUCGGGGCCCUUGUGGCGGGACCCUUUUGCAGCCGUGAGGGCCGCCUGCUCGCCAUGCGUCUGACGGCCGCUGUCUUUUUGCUGGGCUCCGUCACCGAGACGUUUGCGCCGUCGGUCGCUGUGCUCGCCAUCGGCCGCGUCCUCAACGGUCUCGGCGCAGGAGCGUCGACGGUGAUUGUGCCGCUCUACAUCAGCGAGGUCGCCCCCGCGCAGGCACGCGGCUUCUUUGGCGCCUUCACCCAGAUCACCGUCAACGUUGGCAUCCUGUUCACCCAGACGCUCGGCUUCUUUUUGAGCCACGGCGCGGCGUGGCGGUCCAUUCUGGGCACCGGCAUGGCCCUGGCCGCCGUCCAGUUCGUGGGCCUGCUGGCCGUGCCCGAGAGCCCGGCCUGGCUGGCGGCGCGCGGCGGCGAGGGCAAGACGGUCGAGGCGAAGCGCAUCCUGCAGCGCAUCCGGGGCAAGGCCGCCAACUUGGACGACGAGGUGGGCCCCUGGCCAGCCGCUGGCUCUGCCGAGGAACAGGCCCUUCUGGACCAGAACAACGGCGCCGCCGUCGCUGCCGUCCCCGAGCUGGACGAACCUUCCGCGCUGGACGCUACGUCCCUGUCCGGCGGCAUCGUCGCCGUUGCGCCGCCCUCGCCCCGUGGCCCCGUCGCCCUGGAUGCCAAGCAAAAGGCCCGGGCCCCGGUCGGCUUCUUUGAACUGCUUGUCGACGCCCACUACCGCCCUGCGCUCAUCGCCGUCAUAGGAAUCAUGUUUGCGCAGCAGGUGUGCGGUAUCAACUCUGUCAUCAUGUACUCCGUGUCCCUACUCAACGGCAUGCUGCCGCUCAACUCGGCCCUCCUCACCAUUAUUAUCUCCUGCGUCAACUUAGUGACCACGAUGCUCUGCGCCCCGCUGCCGGACCGCCUCGGCCGCAAGGCGUGUCUCCUGCUGUCGGUCAUCGGCCAGGGCUCCAGCGCGUUCGUCCUUGCCUUUUCCAUCGUCUACGGCGUCAAGAUCUUGUCGGCGUUUUCGGUGCUGACGUUUGUCGCCUUUUUCGCCGUCGGCCUGGGCCCCGUGCCCUUCAUUCUGGCGGCCGAGCUCGUCGGUCAGGAAGCUGUCGGAGCGACGCAGUCGUGGGCGCUGGGCGCCAACUACGUGGCCACCUUCUUGGUCGCCCAGUUCUUCCCCCUCAUCAACACUGCCCUCAACAACCGCUUUGGCGGUGCUGGCUGGGUCUACUUUUUGUUUGCCCUCUUCGCCGCUCUCUCCACCGUCUUCUUUUGGUUCUAUGUACCGGAGACGAACGGCAAGAAGGACGCCGACGAGGUCUGGGGCCGCACGUCGCGCAUUGACUAG